CAAAAAAGAAAAAGCAAAAUCGCAGAUAUAACGCCCAAUUUAUUGUGGUCGGAAACUUAAACAUUAUAAUCACAUUCGAACACAUAAUGAACAAGUGAACAAACUUUGGCGACGAUGAACACCUAUCAAUUGAUUUGAAGCUCAAAGAAUGCCGCUGAUUCCACAACACCGCCAGAUUUUUGACCCACAUAUUCAACCCCAUUUUAAUUAAUCAUGUCCAGGUUGAUUGGUAUCGAGCUGCAUCUUCAUGGAUCCUUUACUUAUUUACUUUACAAGCCUCGCCCAGUUAUGGCGUGAAUAAUUUCUGGUGGACUCUUUGGUUGCAGAAGUUUGGCUGCUGGGAGAGUCAGAAGGAUAAUUCGUGCCUUUCUUCACGAGCAGAAAUGUAGCUAUAGCAAGCUUGAUCUUUGCUCACAGUACAAUCUUGUGAGCAAAACCUAUGCUCCUCGAAAAUUUUCAGAAUCAAAGUAUCUAUUUUCCACCAAUGGAAUACAGAAAAUGCAUAGCUUCUCAGCAAGUUUUUUAGUCUCCCAUGAAGCUAAAGUUGCUUGGAGAAGGCUUUUUUACAUGCAGACUUAUGGUGGACAAGCUCUUUCUCGUAUUAGCGAAGCAGCUGCUGCUGUGAGUUUAGCUUUGAGCCGCUAUCAGCUUCUUGCCCCCAGUGUGCUUGCUUUACUAGCUGGACAGUUUUCAUGUGGACAUUUUGAGUGGACUCGUGCAGAAUGCUUACCAGUAGCUGGUACUCUGUACAAUCAUGCGCAAAGUGGACAUGUUUAUUUGACAUCCAUUGUGUUUUCACUGGUAGAGACUAUUACUAUCUUUCUUCGGGCAAUCUAUUUAGCAGUCAUAUUUUCACCUUGCAUAGUAAUGGCUCCUUUUGCUGAUUCACUUGGUGUAGAGUUUAGAGAAGCUUGGCUUAGAGUUCUUCGCUGCACUCUAGAAAAGGCUGGCCCAGCAUUCAUAAAAUGGGGACAAUGGGCUGCUACAAGGCCCGAUCUUUUCCCUCAGGAUAUUUGCACAGAACUGGCACAGCUGCACUCCCAAGCACCAGUACAUAGCUUUGCCUUCACUAAACAAACGAUUGAGAAGGCAUUUGGCCGCAAGCUGGGGGAAAUUUUUGAGAACUUUGACGAGGAGCCUGUUGCUUCUGGAAGUGUUGCUCAGGUGUACCGAGCUACUCUUAAAUUCCGUUAUCCUGGUCACACGAUGAAGCCUAGGUUAGUUGCUGUGAAGGUCAGGCAUCCUGGCGUUGGUGAGGCAAUCCGUAGAGACUUCAUUAUUAUAAAUGUGUUUGCUAAAGUUUCGAACUUGAUACCGACAUUGAAGUGGUUGAGACUGGAUGAAAGCUUGCAACAGUUUGCAGUUUUUAUGAUGUCUCAAGUUGACCUGGCAAGGGAAGCUGCUCAUUUAAGUCGAUUCAUCUAUAAUUUCCGCAGAUGGAAGGAUGUUUCGUUCCCGAAACCUCUCUAUCCUUUAGUUCACCCAGCUGUUCUGGUUGAAACUUAUGAACAUGGUCAAAGUGUCUUGCAUUACGUUGAUAAACUUGAAGGACAUGGUAGUAUUAAAACUGCCCUUGCUUCAAUUGGGAGUCAUGCCCUCCUGAAAAUGCUUUUGGUCGACAAUUUUGUCCAUGCUGACAUGCAUCCAGGAAAUAUACUUGUCCGGAUAAAGGAGAGAACCCCAGGGACACAGCUCUUUGAAUCAAGACCUCAUGUCAUAUUCCUUGAUGUAGGCAUGACUGCUGAACUUUCUAAAAGAGAUAGGAUGAACAUAGUGGAGUUUUUCAAGGCUGUUGCUCUUCGAGAUGGUCACACUGCUGCUCAAUGUACUCUACAAUUUUCAGAACGCCAAAGUUGCCCAAACCCUGGGGCUUUUGUCGAGGAAGUGGAAAAGCAUUUCAAUAUCUGGCGCUCACCUGAGAGCUGUACUCUGCAUGCUGCUGAUUGUAUGCAGCAACUUCUAGAGCUAGUUCGGCACCAUAAAGUCAACAUUGAUGGAAAUAUCUGUACAGUGAUUGUAACAACCAUGGUUCUUGAGGGUUGGCAGCGUAAACUGGAUCCGGAGUACAACGUAUUAGACACUCUGAGAGCAAUGCUGUUUAAAGUUGACUGGGCAGAGUCUCUGAUAUACACAAUUGAAGGACUGGUAGCCCCCUGAGCUGAUCGUAUAUCAGCUAUACUUUCCAUGAACAUUCGACCCUCGAGAAUUAAAUUUUUUGAAUUAUUAAUACUAGAAUCAUAGAAGUAUGUAUGGUUCGUUUAGAAUAGAAUGGCAUCUUUAUCAUUGCUUGCAAUUGCAUUCUUGUACCAUAGUUCUACUAGUAUACAAUAAGCAUGAUCUGGUCCCAACGACGAAUUUGAUAAGUGGCCAUACUGAGAGUCUUGGAUCAUGUACUUUUUUAUCAUUUUAAACGAUGCGAAUGAUACUUGUGUGUUUUAAGUA